AUGCAGCUGCUCCUGCUCGUGCCGCUGCUGCUGGCCCCGGCGCCCGGGUCUCCGGCUCCCAAGGUGAGGCAGCAGAGCGACACCUGGGGUCCCUGGGGUGACUGGAGCCCCUGCAGCCGGACCUGCGGAGGGGGCAUCAGCUUCCAGGAACGUCCCUGCUACUCGCAGAGGAGAGAUGGGGGCUCCAGCUGCGUGGGUCCUGCUCGCAGACACCGCUCUUGCCACAUCGAGAGCUGCCCCGACGGUGCCCGCGACUUCCGGGCAGAGCAGUGCUCCGAGUUUGACAGCCAGGAGUUCCAGGGCCGGAGGUACAAGUGGCUGCCCUACUACGGGGCCCCGAACAAGUGUCAGCUGACCUGCAUCCCCAAGGGGGAGAACUUCUACUACAAGCACAGGGAAGCCGUGGUAGAUGGGACACCCUGCGAGCCUGGCAAACGGGAUGUCUGUGUGGAUGGCAUCUGCCGGGUUGUCGGCUGUGACCACAGCCUAGAUUCGUCAAAGCAGGAGGACACGUGUCUGCAGUGCGGGGGCGAUGGCACGACCUGCUACCCUGUCACCGGCACCUUUGAUGCCAAUGACCUCCGCAGAGGCUACAACCAGAUCCUCAUAGUUCCCGUCGGGGCUACCAGCAUCCGCAUCGAGGAGGUAGCCCCCAGCAGGAAUUUCCUGGCGGUGAAGAGCAUCCGUGGUGAGUACUACCUCAACGGGCACUGGACAAUCGAGGCUGCCAGCGCCCUGCCCGCGGCCAGCACCAUCCUGCACUACGAGCGGGGCGCCGAGGGGGACCUGGCACCGGAGCGACUCCACGCCCGCGGCCCCACCUCGGAGCCCCUGGUCAUCGAGCUCAUCAGCCAGGAGUCCAACCCCGGGGUGCGCUAUGAGUACCACCUGCCCCUGAGCACCGCUCGUCGGGGCUUCAGCUGGAGCCACGGCUCCUGGAGCGACUGCAGCGCUGAGUGCGGCGGAGGUCACCAGUCCCGCGCAGUGUUCUGCACCAUCGACGGUGAGGUCUACCCUGAGCACAUGUGCCAGCACCAGCCACGGCCGGCCGACCGCCGCCCCUGCAGCCUGCACCCCUGCCCACAGACGAAGCGCUGGAAGACAGGGCCCUGGACGCCCUGCUCGGCCUCCUGCGGAGGUGGCUCCCAGUCCCGCUCUGUCUACUGCACCUGGUCCGAUGGGGCUGGCGUCCAGGAGGCCGUCGAGGAGGCCCAGUGUGCAGGCCUGCCUGGGAAACCGCCGACCACGCAGGCCUGCAACCUGCAGCGCUGUGCAGCCUGGAGCGAGGAGCCCUGGGGAGAGUGUUCUGUCAGCUGCGGUGCCGGGGUCCGGAGGAGGAAUGUCACUUGCCGGGGUGACGAGGGGUCUCUGCUCCAUGCCACAGCAUGCUCCUUGGAGGACCAGCCACCUCUCACUGAACCCUGUGUGCGUGAUGACUGUCCCCCACUCAGUGACCAGGCCUGGCAUGUAGGCGCCUGGAGUCUAUGCUCCAAGAGCUGCAGCUCAGGCACUCGCAGACGGCAGGUCAUCUGUGCCAUUGGGCCGCCCAGCCACUGCAGGAGCCUGCAGCUGUGGAAGCCGGCAGACGUGGAGCCCUGUAACACGCAGCCCUGCCACCUUCCUCCCGAAGUCCCCAGCAUGCAGGAUGUGCACACCAGCCUCAGGGCCCCCUGGAUGUCUUUGGGCCCUCGUGAGGCCCCUGCCUCAGAUUCCAGAGACCAGCGGUGGACGCCCCGGGAGCAACCCUCGGCUCGGGGUAACCCCAGAGGAGACCAGGGCCCCCGCCUGCCGGCUCCUGGCCCAGCCUCUUCUCUGCAGCAGUCCCCAGACCAGCAGCCCCUGUGGUCUGGCUCGGGGUCCCAGGACUGCAGACGCAGCCCCCACGGGUGCUGCCCCGAUGGCCACACGGCAUCUCUUGGGCCGCAGUGGCAGGGCUGCCCCGGGGCCUCCUGUCAGCAGAGCAGGUACGGGUGUUGCCCUGACGGGGUGUCUGUGGCCGAGGGGCCCCAUCAAGCUGGCUGUGCGAGGUCUUACGGCAGCGACAACAGCGGGAGCAGGCCGGGGUCGAGAGCUGUGGCCUCCACAGCCCGCCAGGCCCACCAGGACCAGGCCCAGCAGAGUGAGCCCAGUGAGUGCCGGGGCUCCCAAUUUGGCUGUUGCUAUGACAACGUGGCCUCUGCAGCAGGCCCUCUAGGGGAAGGCUGCGUGGGCCAACCCAGCUAUGCGUACCCCGUGCGGUGCCUGCUGCCCAACGCCCUCGGAUCCUGCACAGACUGGACCACCCGCUGGUACUUCAUCGCCUUUGUGGGCCGCUGUAACCGCUUCUGGUACGGCGGCUGCCACGGCAACGCCAAUAACUUUGCCUCGGAGGCUGAAUGUAUGAGCAGCUGCCGGGGGUCUCAACAUGAACCUCGCCAACCCUGGCUUGGGACUGCUGGCCAGAGCACCCACAGAGAUGGCAGUGGCAGAAGUCAUGGAAGCCAGCAGGAGGCCUUAGAACGGCCAAGGGGCCAGGAUCGGGGGCUCGUUGACACUGGACUGGGCGGAGAGGCGGGGCGGCCAGCACCACCCUCCCACGGCUCCUCCUACAGGGUUAGCUCGGCAGGCUCGGAGCCCUCUCUGGUGCAGGCGGCCCUGGGGCAGGUGGCGCGGCUGCUCUGCCCAGGUGGCACGUCCACGGACCCGCACACCAGGUGGCAGAAGGAGGGGCAGCCCAUCUCCUCCGACAGGCACAGGCUGCAGCCGGAUGGCUCCUUGGUCAUCAGCCCCCUGCGGGCAGAGGACGCUGGCACCUACAGCUGUGGCACCAGGCCAGGCCGUGACUCUCCGAAGGUCCAGCUUCGCGUCACAGGGGGUAGCGUGGCCGUGCUGUUUGAGGCUGAGACAAGGCACUACACGCAGACCAGGGACCCCACCCAGGGCCAUAGUCCUCAGGACCCCAGCCUAGGGGCAGGGGCAGGGGGCCCGGGCGCCAUCGCUUCCUCCCACCCACGGCCCUGGACCAGGCUGCGCCUGGACCAGAACCAGCCUGCGAUGGUGGACGCCCACCCAGGCCAGCGGAUCCGCUUGACCUGUCGUGCUGAGGGCUUCCCACCCGCAGCCAUCGAAUGGCAGAGAGAUGGGCAGACCCUCUCUUCUCCCAGACACCAGCAGCAGCCUGAUGGCUCUCUGGUCAUCAGCGAAGUGGCGGCGGAAGAUGGUGGCUUCUAUGCCUGUGUCGCCUUCAACGGGCAGGACCGAGCCCAGCGAUGGGUCCAGCUCCGAGUUCUGGGGGAGCUGACAAUCACAGGGCUGCCCUCUACUGUGACGGUGCCAGAAGGGGACACGGCCAGGCUUCCUUGUGUGGUGGCAGGAGAAAGCGUGAACAUCAGAUGGUCCAGGAACGGGCUGCCGAUAUGGCCCGAUGGCCACCGUGUCCACCAGUCCCCGGAUGGCACAUUGCUGAUCCACAACCUGCGGGCUAGGGACGAGGGCUCCUACACGUGCAGCACCUACCGAGGAAGCCAGGCGGUCAGCCGCAGCACUGAGGUGAAGGUGCUCCCGCCAGCACAGGCCACCCAGGAGAGGGACCCUGGCAGGGAUUGCAUCGACCAGCCGGAGCUGGCCAACUGUGAGCUGAUCCUGCAGGCCCAGCUCUGUGGCAAUGAGUAUUAUUCCAGCUUCUGCUGCGCCAGUUGUUCGCGUGUCCAGCCUCAUGCUCAGCCGGUCUGGCAGCAGGGAUGAAGGCCGGCUCCAGCCCCAGUUCCGAAACAACUCAUAGGGCUGGGGAGAAGGGCAGAGAGACUCUUGCUCUCCCCUCUAUGGCUGGCAAAGGGAGUUAUCUUCUGGAGACAGCGCCACCUCACCCCGCCUCAGCCAAAGCCUCAGCAGCAGCCGUACCAGCCUCCCUCUUGAGUCCCUAGCAGUGAUUGCAUUUCUGACAUGACCACAGGUCGCUGCUGAGUUGUCAAGAAGAUAAAUGUUUGGAUAAGGACGCCCUUUACUUUACAAAUUCCUUCUAUAACUUGUUACUCAGGAUCAGUUCACUGUUUUAAAACAAGCUACCAGAGUUCUCACUUCAUUUAAAGCUGGAUAGGAAGGUGCAUGAUGAUUUAAAGUUAACACCUCUCUAACUCCUGCUGUGACAGGGAAGGGCUCUUUGCUAGGACUAGACCUCAUCUGGGGUCACACAGCGGUGUAUUGCUCUAGUCUCUCCCACCCUUCUAGGUAGUGUAUAGCAACCAGCCUCAAACCCACCUGUGCAUGUGGUUAACAGCAUAAUGUUUGUGAAAGCUCUCAGCAAAGUGGAAGAUAUAAGGCUCAGUACAGGGAUUUGGGAUGUGAGAGUAGCAGCUGCAGUAUCAUCUGAGUGUGGAAGAACUGGGAGGGCUCCUUACUUUCAUCGGGAAGCUGGGGCUGGAAGCCCUCCUCCUGAGGCGGAUGCGCAGAGCUGGCUGUGAGGCUCGCCUCACGCCUGUGCGGAGCUGACCGACGGGCCUGCCCUGUGCUGGGACCAACAAGGGGCCUUUCCUCCUCAAGGAGGGAUCUCUGAAGCAAAUGUCUGCUGCCAGAUAAAAGCCAGACUAUUGAAAAUGGCACCAGCAAGAUGGGAGGACUGAUGGAGCGGGGUGAUGUAGUACGUGGCUUCAGAAAUGGCUUGAGUUGCAGAAAUCAAUCUUUAUCUCAGAAUUUCCAAUUCCCUACUGCUAAAAUAA